AUGACGAGACCUCAAAUGAUUCGAGCCGAUACCUUGGACCUUCAAAAUCACGAUACCCCCUCGGCCAAAGAUCAUACCAAGCAACCCGAACAUCCUAAUCCACUUGGGGGCGGCCGGCCUGCUCCCCACCAGGAACUUUCUAUUCGCCAUGCGGAGCAAGACUCCAAGUUGGAGAUCUUGAAUAGUCCCGCUUCAAACGGCAAUCAUGAAUACCGAGACGGCCUCGAUGUGUACGGUGAAGCGGACGAGAUGGACGAGGAGAUAGGACGCAACGGAGAAUACGACCAUGAAGAAGACGGUGACUUAGCGGACGGCGAAAGCGACGAUCUUAUGGACGAUGAUAUGAUGGACAAGCUAUCUAGUUCUCCUUCCAUCGACGAUGAGGAUAUCGAUUUUGAAUUCGUCUACGCGCUUCACAAUUUCAUCGCGACCGUCGAUGGGCAAGCAAACGCCGCCAAAGGAGAUACCAUGGUGCUUUUGGACGAUAGCAACAGUUAUUGGUGGCUUGUUCGAGUGGUCAAAGACGGAAGUAUUGGAUACCUACCCGCCGAGCACAUCGAAACUCCCACCGAGCGUCUCGCUAGAUUGAACAAACACCGCAACGUCGACCUCUCCGCAACCAUGCUUGGGGAUAAUUCCGAGAAGUCGAAGAAUCCUCUGAAGAAGGCUAUGCGACGGCGAAACGCCAAAACUGUCAACUUCGCCCCACCGACGUACAUCGAAGCAUCAGAUGUUGAGUACUCUACAGACGAGGAGGAUGAGCACGGCGAUUUCUUCAAUGAUGAUGAAACGGUCGAGUCGGAGGAUGGCGAAGCUCAAGAGCAGAACGAAGAUAUCGUCGUGGAGCCUCUCCGCACCAAGUCUCAGAAGGAGAAGCUUGCCGAAAGGACUGAGGAUACACAAGCGCCUGAAAAGCAAGAACCAGAGCGAACGAGCUCUGAACCAAGACGGUCGAGUGAGGAAUUCUUUGAUCCAGAAGAACCUACUGUUAGUAGAUCCAGAAACGGCACUGUACGCAACACAGAUUCUUUCUUCAAGGACGAUACCGCCGAACCGAAAAAGAUUUCCCUCACGCCUAACCUGCUGCGUGACGAAUCUAGCAGCACCACUUUGACGAAUGACUGGAAAGAUCCUGGACGUGGAAGCUUCGAAUCUAUCGACAAAUCUACUUCACAUGACAAGAGUAAAGACGACAAGAAGCGCAAGGACAAGAAGCCUGGGAUGCUCAGUGGUCUGUUCAAGCGGAAGGAUAAGAAGAACAAAUCCAUCGACGACGAUGUCGAGGAGCCUGAACGAUCUCCAGCCGAAUCUGCUUUCCGAGCUUCACCUCAACCCAAGACAUCUUCGGAGUCUUUGUCGCCAGAACAGCGGACUGUCAAGCCACAGCGGCAGACCAGUAACAAGCUGCAAAAGCAACCGCCAUCCAUCUUGACUUCCACCUCUCGAACUGAAGGACAGGCCGACUCUAUGACAGCAGACUCGACAAAGGAAAGAGAGAUUCUGAUCGGUAAUCAGACAGGCCAGUCCAUCCGGCGAGUCACAUCGCGUGAAACCGACAGCCGCAACGAGAGCCGAGGGGCUGUGGCUUCUCCCAUUAGCCAGCGAAGCCCCUCGAAGGAGUCAUUUGCCACUCCAAAUGAGUUCCAAGACCCGUUCGCUUCUCCUGUUGAUCGCCCGUCCAGCGAGGCCCAGUGGAGAGAACCAUACGAGUCAACUGAGCGAGCCCAACCUGCUGUGACAUCCCCGCCGCAAAGAUUCGCCCCGAAGAUAGUGGCUAGCCACGCCGAGCCGAGAUCGCAAUCUCCGGAUGACUACUCUCCUAUUGAAGAGUCUCAUAUUCCAAUUGCCGCGCCCGGGGUGAUCAAGGAAGCCGUAUUGAGGGCUCAGUCUAUCUCCCCGCCGUCGUCGCCUGAGGUCGACGUCAACGACCUCAAGCGCAGCGAAGCCACUAAUAUCUCACUGGAUACGCUUUCAGUUGACACACCGACCUGGAGUGACGCCAGUCUACGAUCUUACCUCGACGAAGAAAACGACAUUCGCGACCUUUUCAUUAUUGUCCACGACAAAUCCAACAUUCCCCCAGCUGGCCCUGAGCACCCCGUCACUGGCCGUCUUUUCAAGGAAGAAAGCAAACGGCUUAAAGAGAUGAACAACCAGCUCGACGAGAUGCUUGUCAAAUGGAUGUCUCAACGCAAGAGGCACUCCAGCACAACACGCAGUGUACAGAGCCCGACUGCAUAG